GUCUAGCUAAGGCUUCCAGACCUCUGUUGAGUGAAGAUGAAUGUUUCUGCCAAGAUUAUGUAACUGGAGGAUCCAGGUCUGGGCAGACGACCAUGGGAGCCAAUACUUCAAGCAAACCCCCUGUUUUUGAUGAAAAUGAGGAUGUUAACUUUGACCACUUCGAAAUUUUGCGAGCCAUUGGGAAAGGCAGUUUUGGGAAGGUCUGCAUCGUCCAGAAGAAUGACACCAAGAAGAUGUACGCCAUGAAGUACAUGAACAAACAGAAGUGUGUCGAGCGCAACGAAGUGAGAAAUGUCUUCAAGGAGCUGCAGAUCAUGCAGGGUCUGGAGCACCCUUUCCUGGUUAAUUUGUGGUACUCCUUCCAAGAUGAGGAGGACAUGUUCAUGGUGGUGGACCUGCUGCUGGGCGGGGACCUACGUUACCACCUGCAGCAGAACGUCCGUUUCCAGGAGGACACCGUGAAGCUCUUCAUCUGUGAGCUGGCCAUGGCCCUGGACUACCUGCAGAGCCAGCGCAUCAUUCACAGGGAUAUGAAGCCUGACAAUAUUUUGCUUGAUGAACAUGGGCACGUGCACAUCACAGACUUCAACAUCGCGGCCGUGCUGCCCAGGGACACGCGGAUCACCACCAUGGCCGGCACCAAGCCUUACAUGGCGCCCGAGAUGUUCAAUUCCAGAAGGGAAGCCGGCUAUUCCUUUGCUGUUGACUGGUGGUCCCUGGGAGUGACGGCCUACGAGCUUCUGAGAGGCCGGAGACCCUACCAUAUUCGCUCCAGUACUUCCAGCAAGGAAAUUGCCCACAUGUUUGAGAUGGCUGUUGUGUCCUACCCUUCUGCCUGGUCACAGGAAAUGGUGUCACUUCUUAGAAAGCUGCUUGAACCUGACCCGGACCAGCGGUUUUCUCGCUUGUCUGACGUCCAGAACUUCCCCUACAUGGAUGAUGUGAACUGGGAUGCAGUUUUGCAGAAGAGGCUCGUUCCGGGAUUCAUUCCUACUAAGGGCAGGCUGAAUUGCGACCCCACCUUUGAACUUGAAGAAAUGAUUUUGGAGUCCAAGCCUCUUCACAAGAAAAAGAAGCGCCUGGCCAAGAAGGAGAAGGAGCUGAGGAAGUGUGACUCCUCGCAGACGUGCCUUCUUCAAGAGCACCUUGAAUCGGUGCAGAAGGAGUUCAUCAUUUUCAACAGAGAAAAAGUAAAAAGAGACUUUAAUAAAAGACAAGCAGAUCUGGCCUUCGAACAAACCAAAGACCCACAAGACGUGAACGGCCAGAAUAACAACCUGUGAAGCCGUCGACAUCUUCUUGGGACGUUUCCUGGCACCUCAGGCCAGCAAGUUCUGACUCCACAUCGGGACAAGCUGACAGUAGUUCUCUCCGCACACCUCACACACCUUAGAAAAUGUGAAUGCCUGCCUUUGGAAGGAGGCGGCAGGGGCUCCCGGGGAACUGGUUGCACCAUUAACAAACCGAGUGACCUUGAGCAAGUCACGUAACUACUUUUUCUGCUUCGGUUUAUUCUAAAAUGAGAGGGUUAUACUAACGAGCUCUAUUCUGCCUUUUUUAUCACAACCAGUCUGUUAUCCUAAACAGCCUUUAUUUUUAUUUCAAAAGGACUAUUUAGAUAUAGGUUUUAUUUUUCCACUCCUCCUAGUUACACUGUGACACAUGGGCAAGUGGACGUAGGUGGGUGACUGAGUGAGGCUCUUCAGAGCUAGAAAACUUCAUAAAGAGGUCACCGUCCCCAAGCCUGAUUGGACAGCAAUAAGGAAUUCAGUCAGGAAGAAACGGAUGGGACCAGAUUGAAGUGACACAGACUUACCUGGACCUUCCAGUGCUGUGCUAAAGUCACACAUCACAUCAGCUUGUUCCAGCCAGCAAGAGCCGGCUACGCACACCUGUCCCAAUGCCCUGUACAGUGGUAUG